AAAAUAAAAAUAUUGAGGAGGAAAAAGUUUGCAAAUUAUAGUUAUAAAAUUGUGUAGUAAAUUUAAAUGAAGUCAUGGCGAGCUUGGACCGAUACAAUUCCUUUGACGAGGAUGAAGAUUAUGAUGAGCUUGAUAACUCACAGCGAAUAAAUAUGUCGAAUCGUGCUUACAAUUAUCCUGAAAAUUAUAAUUACUUUCAAUCAUCACCGAGAGAUUUGACUCUGAAUCUUCCAAAGACGACCACAAAUAGCUUUAAAAGUUAUCAACCUGUUUUCGACUCACCUGAAUCGGAUGAGGUAUCAAUCACACGCUAUUUGUCAGUAAGUGUCUCCUUGGUCAGCUUAAUAACUGAGAACCUUCUCAGUCAUCCUUUCAUCGUUCUACGAAGACAAUGUCAAGUUUAUCAUAAUUCAAAAAGACGUCAUUUGGUACCAAUAACUUUAGUGCCAGUGAUUGUUCAUUUACAUCGUAGACAAGGUGUCACGACAUUAUGGAAAGGCAUUGGAAGUUCUCUAUUGGUUCGUGGAAUGUCAUUGGCAGUUGAAGAUGUUUUAUCAAAAUUCACACCUUGGCCUAAAGAAAUCAACUCAAGAACAACUGUUAAACAAUUUACGCAUCAUUUAAUAUUGAAAUCAAUUUCGUUGGCUAUCAUCAUGCCAUUUUAUUCAGCAUCUCUUGUUGAAACAGUUCAAUCUGAUAUAGCAAGUGAGAAACCUGGCAUUCUUGAUGUGUUUCGUGAAGGAUCAGCAAGGCUUUUCUCUUGGAGUUCACCAGCAAAAGGAAGAAUGUUACCUGUUUGGGUUCUUCUUGGCCCUUGGGUUUCUUUUGGCCUUUCAAAAUAUUUAGUAAGUGUCAUUGUUAAAGGAAUUUCGACUAGAAUUAUCAGCAAACAAAUACACCGUCGUGAAGAGAAGAAAGGUGCACGACCGAAAGACUUAACAGCAAUCAACAAUGAGAUUGAAUUGUAUUCGAACAUCAUUUCAUUGAUUUCAUCUGAAGUUUUGUUUUAUCCUUUUGAAACUGUUUUACAUAGAAUUCAACUUCAAGGAACGAGAACAAUUAUUGAUAAUCUUGACAGUGGAAUUCAAGUUGUUCCAAUUUUAACAAAUUAUGAAGGUGCCAUUGAUUGUUAUAUCAACACAGUGACAUCGGAAGGCUUUGGUGGCUUGUAUAAAGGAUUUGGAGCAAUGAUUUUACAGUUUGCUGCUCAUUUAGCUGUCAUCAAGAUUUCGAAAUGGAUAAUAAAUCAAAUAUCAGAGAUUUGCUCUGAUAAAGCGCCACCCAAAGUUACUGAAUUCUACAACCUUGAACCAGCAACACUUUCCUUGCAAUCUAUGCAACAACAAGGAUCAACUGUUUCCAGAAGUCUGUCUUAUGUCAGCUCUUUGAAUGACGAACCAUGAGCUAGAACUGUGAUAAAGAAUCAAUCGUUUUCGUCCCAGCUGAUCGACCCAACAUCAAUCAUCAAAGCUUGUCAAGUCCUUUCGCAUAUAAAUUAAAAAUAGUUGAGAUUUAAAUUAAAAUCGGUUGAAUAAUAAAAAAUAUUAAAUUAAAAUAAGAAC